AUGUCAUCGACCCUUCUUCGACAAAUUCGUCGCUGCAAAGUCUGUUUUGAUUCAAACGCGACUUUAGUUCACAAAGUUCUUGAAAAACUCGAAUAUCUCGAUUUUCAGUAUUCAUGGACUUUCAUCACCGCUCUGUUCUUCACAGCUACUCUUCUCACCACUAUAGGUUACGGUAAUCUCGUGCCAGUGACCUGGCAUGGAAGAAUGUUUUGCAUUGCAUAUGCACUACUUGGAGUACCUCUCAUCCUUAUUACCGUAGCUGAUAUUGGCAAAUUUUUGUCCGAAAACAUCAUCUGGUUAUAUUCAAGGUACUCGAAAGCCCGUAAGAAUUGUCGCAACCACAACUACACAGCUUUACCCACUAAGGACGAUCGUAAUCGCGAUGGAGAGCAGCUUAUGCCUAAAGAGAUUUCUACAGAUCUAUAUUGCGAUAAAUUUACAAAGUACGAAGCACUGCGAGUAGAAGCAAGUAGCACC